AUGUAAUUUAAUCAAGUAGAAUUAUAAUUACCUGCUUAGAAAUAUAAACAGAACCAGAUGGAUGAAGGAGAAAAAAUAUACUAGAAUGGAACCCCUAGCAUAAAUGAUAAUUAUUAUGAAGGUAAAGACGAAGAUUAGUUUGGAGUUGAUCAAAAUGGUGAUAGCGAAUAGGAGAAAUCAACUUCAAAAGCAACUCCUGAUAAUAUGUCCAAGUCUGAAUCAAUUAUUGAAGUUAAUCCAAGCAAUAAAAAAUAAGCGAAGUCAAGCACCAUGUAUGCUUACAUGAAUUUAUUUAAAGGCUAUAUUGGAAGUGGUAUCUUAGCGCUGCCAUAUGCAUUUACUCAAGCAGGUUGGGUUUUGAGCUCUAUGAUUUUUUUGCUUGUUGCUUUUAUUGUUUAUGACACUAUGAAUUUAUUAUUUGAACUAGCUGAUUCGUAUGGGAAGGAAGGAGUAGAUUACUAAUUCAUAGCAAAGCAUCAUUUUGGAAGAAAAGGGUAAUUUGCUGUUAGCACUUUUAUAGUUAUAUUUUAAGUAGGUUGUUGUAUUAGCUAUGUUAUCUUCUUUAUGAAGUUCCUUGAGAAUGUAUUUGGCAUGGCUGGUAAAACCUAAGAAAAUGAUAUUAUUUAUUUACUUAUAGCUUUGGCUAUUAUUAUUCCAAUGAGUUUCAUAAAUAGCAUUUCUGCUUUUGCUAAAAUUUCUAUUUUAGCUAACUUCAUGAUAGUAGUCACUCUUCUUGCUAUUUUUUCAUAUAAUAUACAGAAGAUUGGUGAGUUAUAGCCAGAUAUAUAUAGCAGGAACUUGAAUGAUACAUUCGAUUUUAGCAGGAUUCCUAUGAUGAUUGGUGUUUCUAUUUAUGCGUUUGAAGCGAUAGGUUUAAUAUUUUCUAUUAGAAACUCUGUAGAAAAUCCUUAAUUGUAAUUUGGAGCCAUAUUUAGAAACACAAAUAUUGUCAUGGUAUCUGUUUACAUAGUCUUCUCAGUUGUUGCAGUUAUAGCUUAUGGCGAUGAUAUGAAUGAAAUUAUAUUAUUUAGCUUGCCAAACGAUUAAAAAUCAGUUUAAUUUUUUUAAAUUAUAUAUGCUUUUGCUCUUAUUAUGAGUUAUCCUCUUUAAUUAUUACCAACAUUUUAAAUUCUUGAAUCAAAUCAGAAAAUUCACAAAUUUAUCUACUAAUAAAGAGCAAUGCCUGAUAAUUCAAACAAAGAACCCUGCAGUACGAUUGCAAGAAGGAUGGUAAUGAGAGUAAGUGUUACUCUUUGCAUUUGCUUUUGUGCCUAUGCAGUACCUCGUUUUGCUAUAUUUUUGAACAUUAUUGGUGCAGUUGCUGGUACCUCACUUUAAUUUAUACUUCCAAUCAUAAUGUACUUACAGACAUUUAAAGAUACCAUGAAAACUUUUAAAAAGUUUAAAUUGUAUAUAUUUUUUUUAAUUGGUGUUAUAGGAGGUCUUUCUUCAUUUAUUUUUUCAGUAAUUGAGCUAGCCUAACAAAGAGAGGCAACCGAAACUGAUAAUAAUUGA